CACCAGGACACUAAGGGCCCUCCAGCGCGCCUGCGCACAACGAUUGGCAGCCCUGGGAGGUGGGUUGGACCUAGAGAUAGGAGGAGGAGUUCCAGAGCUCCGGCGUGACGUCACGACCUUUGGGGGCGGGAUCAGCCCGCGGGACUCCACCGCCAUUGGUCCGGAACCCCGCAGUAACCAGGGGAACUGCAAACACUGUAGGGGCCGCUUCCGGUUCGAGCACCCGGAACCGCCGCCUCUAGGGAUGGACGGUCAGACCCUGCGAAAGGCUGACAGAGGCCGGUCAUGCUCACGGGAGAAAAAGGAGGGUUACACUAAGGACAUGGUGCCAGACUUCGAUGAGAAACAUGAUGAGUAUUUAAUAUUGCUUCAGCAGAGGAACCGGGUGUUAAAGCAUCUGAAAACCAAGGACCCCAUGCAACUGAGACUGGAGCACUUGGAGCAGGGCUUCUCUGUCUACGUCAACGGGGCCAAUUCGGAGCUGAAGACGUCCCCCCGGAAAGCUGUCCACUCUGACUUCACCAGGAGUGCUUCACAUGCCGAGGGGACACACAAUUACAGACGGAGAACCCUGUUGCGAGAAGCAGAGGAAGCUUUAAGACGGAGUUCACGGACAGCCCCCAGCAAAGUCCAGCGCCGAGGAUGGCACCAGAAAUCGGUGCAAAUCAGAACGGAAGCUGGUCCGCGGCUCCACAUCGAGCCCCCUCUGGACUAUUCUGAAGAUUCUGAGGCAUGUGGAGAUGAGACCGCCAAGGCACAGGGUGCUUCUGGGGACCGUCCACAGGGUACCAAGUCUUCCGCCGACACCACGCCCCGUGAUUUUCAUUUCACCCUUCUGGAUGCCCACGGAUGCCCUGACCCUGCAAGCAAUACAGACAAAGAAAGGAUCCUCUUAACUAUUCAGGAUGUGAUGGAGCUAAGAAAAAGCCUGGAACUUAGUGUAAAUCUACAGAGGAAACAAAGAGAUUGUUCCAGUGAUGAGUAUGACUCUAUCGAAGAAGAGGUACUCUCUGAGCCCGAGCCCGAGGAGCAGGUGCCGGUGGGCCACCCCAGAGAGGACCCCCCUCUUUGCAGUGGGGACUCCGUGCAGAAGGAUGUUCCCGAGGACCAGAAGAUGAAAGGGCACCCUCCCCAGGGCCCAGACCCCCUCGUGGUGCUGGAAUUUAACCCAGCUUCCAAGAGUAAUAAAAAGGAAAGGAAUUUGUCUGCUAAGCGGAAGGACAACGCUGAGGUUUUCAUUCCCAGCAGACCCGAACUGAACUUGAACCCCCAGUCCUCUGCUGUGUUCCCAGACCAGGAGAAGACAUGCUCAAGACCCGGAAGCCGCCGAGAGAGACCCCUCUCAGCCACCCGAAAACUCAUGCACGAGGCUGAGGACCGAGAGGAAGAUGCCUCAGCCGUGCUCAGGGCCAUCCAGGUGGAGAACGAAGCCCUGCAGAGGGCGCUCCUCAGCAAAAAGGCUGAGCCCCCCGCUGGCCCACUACAGGACGUGGAGGGACCAGCAGCAAAAUCGUGGACCAGUCUACUGAAGGAGAAGGAGGAGAGCCCUGAGCUUCCUACCCUCGCGGCCACCAGCACAACCAGCACGGCCAGCCUGCAGGAGCCGUCCGGGGCAGCAGGGGGAGCUCGAGCCGUCAGCGAAGCCAUUGACAGAAUUGGCCUUUUGGGGAGCAGGCAGCAACAAAGGCUUCUGAAAGUGCUCCAGGCCAUUGAAAGCGACUCUGCCCAGCUCAGCACGCUUGCUUCACCAAUGAAGGAGCCCAUGCCAGACCCAGAGGCCAAAUCGAGAACAAAAGGCAGAGACAUCAAAGAUGCCGUCUACGUGACCUUGGAAAUCCUGUCCAACUGGGGCCACGCGUCCUGGGUGGGGCUCACGGAAGUGGAGUUCUUUGACCUGCAUAACACAAAGCUUUAUGUGUCACCCCAUGACGUGGAUAUCCAGACCACAGACACACCCGGGGACCUGGGCCACCUGGUCAACAGGCACUUAGCUAGCAAGAAAGACCCCUCCUUGUGGAUGUGCCCCUUCCACCCGCCGCUCCAGCUCUUUUUUGUUAUCCGCAACACCAGACGGCUGCAGGACUUUGGUCUAGCCAAGAUCAAGGUUUGGAAUUACUGGACGGCUGAUGGCGAUCUUGACAUCGGUGCCAAGAACGUGAAGCUUUACGUCGAUGAAAGUCUCAUUUUCGAUGGCACGUUAGACAAAGGAGGUGGAGAGGCCCCAGCUGACCAGAGCAUCCCGGCUAGCGUGGAACAGGAGCAGGACGAGAGCAGGGGAAGGGCCCUGGGUGUCCCCUCGGGGGAAAGCAGAGAGGCCCACAAGAUGGCUGGCACAGAUGGGGAACUCGCGCCGCCAGCUGCAGCAGUAGCCGACGUGAAGCUUUCUUCCCAAGGAACGUUACUUGGCGGAAAGAUGAAUCCUCCCGACUGCACGAAGGACAGCUUGUCCAAGUUGAAUGAAGAUGCAAGCUGCCCAGCAGCCCUAGCCUCGACGGGGGGCAUGCUGGGGGCCCCCCCGCUCUGCCCGCCUGUGGAACGCCCUCCCCUUGACCCAGAGCUCUCCCUGGCCCAACAGCUGGAAAACCUCACGAGCAGAAAAGUCUCCGAGCCGCCAGCGAAAACCCCAUCGUGGUUGCAACCUUCUGCCAUAGGGAAGGGUGGGAAGCAGGGAGGCAGGAAGCCCAAACCGCUCUGGCUGAGUCCUGAGAAGCCUCUGGACUGGGUAGGCAGACUUGUAUCAGACGCCAUCACGGACACCAUGGGGGAGGCUUCUAGAGAGGUCGAAGUUGGGGAUAAAGGCCCGAGGCGUGAGCCAGGGCGGCCGCGCAGCUGGAAUGUCAUCACUGGAGAGAGAGCCCAGAAGGUGACCCCCAAAGUCUGUGAUGACUUUGACAUCUUUAACCAGCCCUCCAACAGGGAACACCCUGCUAGUGGGAGGAGGGGCCCGAGGAAGGACACCCUCAUCAGCAGUCACAGCGAUGGCCCGCCAACCAGCAGAGAAGACACCCGGUCCGGCAAGACGCCGCCGCGGUCCCGGUGGUGCAGUGAGCAGGAUCACAUGCUGCACGAGUCCUGGGACUCCCUCAGUGCCUUUGACCGCUCCCAGCGGGGUCGCAUCUCCAACAUGGAGCUGCAGGGGGACAUCCUGGACGAGUUCCUGCAACAGCAGAUGGGCAGCCGCCACAGCGACCAGCUGCCGCCGGGGAAGGAGGAGAGGCCGGAGCCGAGGAGAGGGCCGGAGGACAGCUCCGCAGAGACGCACGACGGGAGCGACUUUGAGAUCCCCGUCUUGCCGUAUGGACAGCGCUUGGUCAUCGACAUCAAGUCGACGUGGGGGGACAGGCACUAUGUCGGCCUUAACGGAAUAGAAAUAUUCAGUUCUGAGGGGGAGCCAGUGCAGAUCGCGAACAUUCACGCGGACCCCCCUGACAUCAAUGUUUUACCAGCCUACGGGAAAGACCCCCGCGUGGUCACCAACCUCAUCGACGGGGUGAACAGGACCCAGGACGACAUGCACGUCUGGCUGGCCCCUUUCACGCUGGGCAAGCCCCACUCCAUCUCCAUAGAUUUCGUGUGCCCUUGCCAAGUCGCCCUGAUCAGGAUUUGGAACUACAAUAAAUCUCGGAUACAUUCCUUCCGCGGCGUGAAGGACAUCACCAUGCUGUUAGACGCUCAGUGCAUCUUUAAAGGAGAAAUCGCCAAGGCCUCGGGGACGCUGACGGGAGCCCCAGAGCACUUUGGAGACACCAUCCUAUUCACGACCGACGAUGACAUUCUGGAGGCCAUAUUCUGCUUGGAUGAGACAUUUGACGUGGAUGCGGAGAGCCCCUACAGUCUGCAGAGUGAGGAGACGCCCAGGAGGCCGAGCACCGCCGGCAGCGAAGGGGAGGACAGGCCCUACACCCAGGCCGGCCCAUGGGCUGAGGACCAGGCCCUGGGGCUAGAGCAGCCAUCCAGUCCCCCUGCCCCCGAAGUAACCACGCCAGAGCCAGGCAUCUACCAUGGGAUCUGCCUUCAGCUGAAUUUUACCGCCUCCUGGGGGGACCCACACUACCUGGGGCUCACGGGCCUGGAAGUGGUGGGCAAGGACAGCCAGGCACUGCCCAUCAGCCUGCACCAGAUCUCUGCCUCCCCCAGAGACCUAAAUGACCUCCCUGAGUACACCGAUGACUCCCGGACCCUGGACAAGCUAAUCGAUGGAGUGAACAUCACCAUGGAGGAUGAGCACAUGUGGCUGAUUCCUUUCUUGCCUGGCCUGGACCACGUGGUCACGAUCCACUUCGACAGAGCCGAAAGCAUUGCUGGCCUGCGCUUCUGGAACUACAAUAAAUCUCCUGAGGACACCUAUCGUGGGGCCAAAAUCGUCCACAUCUCCCUGGACGGCCUGUGUGUCUCGCCUCCGGAGGGCUUCCUCAUCCGGAAGGGGCCGGGCAACUGCCACUUUGAUUUCGCUCAAGAAAUUCUCUUUGUGGACUACCUCCAGGCUCGCCAGCUACCCCAGCCAGCCCGGAGGCUCGACUUGCAAAGCCUGGAGCGGGCGACCAUGGACUACGAGGCGCCCCUGAUGCCCUGUGGCUGUAUCCUCCUCCCACCUGUCUGUGCAUCCCGGGCCCUCGGGGGUCGCACCCGCCCGGUGCAGCGGUGCUGUGAGCAUCCCCAUUUCUCAGCUGAGAACACGGAGGCCCAGAGAGGCGAAGGAACUUGCCCAAGGCCACAGAGCUGGGAAGGGGCGGGGCAGUUGCAGCUCCUGACCAGCUGGGGUGAUCCCUAUUAUAUCGGUCUCACGGGCCUGGAGCUGUAUGAUGAGCGGGGAGAAAAAAUCCCUCUGUCGGAAAACAAUAUCGCCGCCUUCCCCGACAGCGUGAACUCCCUGGAGGGCGUGUGCGGGGACGUCCGGACCCCCGACAAGCUCAUCGACCAAGUGAAUGACACCAGCGACGGCAGGCACAUGUGGCUGGCCCCCAUCCUGCCCGGCCUGGUGAACCGGGUUUAUGUGAUUUUCGAUCUGCCCACCACCGUGUCAAUGAUCAAACUGUGGAAUUACGCAAAAACGCCCCAUCGAGGGGUGAAAGAGUUUGGCCUCCUGGUGGACGACUUGCUUGUGUACAACGGGAUCCUGGCCAUGGUGGGCCACCUGCUGGGGGGCAUCCUGCCCACGUGUGAGCCCACGGUGCCCUACCACACCAUCCUCUUCACCGAGGACACGGACGCCUGCCGCCAGGGGCGACACACCACCAUCAGCAAUCAGGUGGAGGAUCAGGACGUCCAGAUGAUGAAUGAAAACCAAAUCAUCACCAACUCGAAAAGGAAGCAGAGCGCGGUCGACCCAGCCUUACGCCCCAAAACGUGCAUAAGCGAGAAGGAGACCGCGCGACGGUGGCGGUGCUGACCGCAGAGGAGGGGGGCCUGGUCCUCCAGCCGGCGGCGCCCGUGUCACCCGCCCCCGGUCCUCAGCCUUGGCAGCCUGGACUCUGCAGGCUGGAAGAGGGGAGCGAGAGGGGACGCGUGUGGCCUGGCCUCCCUCUGCCGCUGGGCUCCGGGGCGCCCUCCUGGGACCCACGCCUGUGCACACAAACCCGCCAGGACGGUGAGGUGGCGGGGGGGGGCCUCCCCUCCCUGCAGAGCAUGGCUGCCCAGGGCUCAGCCACCAACCCCCCCACAUGAGGGGGCGCCGGGGGAGGCCCGAGAGGAGGUGCCAACAACCCCCCUCCCCGCCACACCCCUGCCUCAUCUGGGGGCUGGUGGAGCCGGCUGAGAGGGUGGCGUUGUUCCCUGGUCCCCCAAUGUCUAGCCAGGGCUGCUCCAGCCCCGGACGCACUCGGGGAUGUGGGUGUCUCGGGGAGGAAAGGAAGGGAGCCGCGUCCUAGGAUGGCGGUGGGCAGCUUCACACCCCAGACGGCCAGCAGGGCCCGUCCAGAUGCCCUCUGGACGCGGGGCAGGCCGAGGACCAGGCCACAACCCCACCUCCCCUUCCACUUGAACUUUGCCUGGAGGCGGGCGGCCCUCCCUCUGGUCUGAGCGCGGGCUCCUCCUGCUUGCUCCUCCCUCCUCUGCGCACAGGUGCCCUUGCAGGGAGGCAGCGAGGUGCUCGUUGCCCAGCACCCCCGCUUCGAGCAGCUUCCCCUCGAGUUGGAAAUGUGCCUUGCACCCCCAGCCGAGUGAAGCUCAGAACGUAUCUAUUUCCAUCGACGUAACAAGCUCGGAUCAGGGACCUAAUUGGUUUCCCAGUGGUGGGUAAUUUCUCGUUCCAAAUAAUCCGUUGCUUUCCUGGCGCCCAGCCCGGCCCCGCCGCAGCGCUGUACUCCAAGCAGGUUCCUGUGCAACCGAGAGCCCCAGCAAAUACUUUAUGAGCUUUGCAGCUUCGGCCGAGCAGCUAUGCAAAUGCGCUUUUCAUUUGGAGCGUGGGGCCGAUGUGAAGAUAAGGAAUUGUUUCUCCCAGAGAAGAUCCAUCAUCACUGUAGCUUCCAGGGCCCCGGCUUCCGGGCUCACCUCCCAGAUGUGGCGAGUGCCUCCGAGGCCUCUGGGCUCCCAGGAGAGCUGAGGCCCGGGGGGGCCGGGGGCUGAUCGAGCCAGCCCUUAGGGACCAAAGCUGGUGCCACCGCCACGCUGAAUACGGCCCAGCUCUCUGUCCCCACGCGAGGCUGGGGCACAGGUCAGACCACCACGCACGCUCGCUCCCAAACCUCCACUGCUGUUGCUAAGAAUUGUAUGCGCCAUGUAAUUUAGGAGGGGAAAAAAGCUGUACGGGCAUUAACUGUAAAAUAAAUGUCUAUUUUUUUUCUCUUGCAAAAUCAAUAAAAGAUGUUAUUAAGAAUA